AACAGAAGACCAUUACACCUGUGCUGUGGAUGUUAAGCCUUAUGUAUGGCGCGGUUAAAGUUACAACCUGUCACCUCAGCCUUCCUCCGGUUUGGGCUUUUUACUUUUAUCCUGUUUUUACAUGGUCUACAAGUAGAUGCUGGCACGGGGACAGAUUCACCAAGCAUAGGACAUAACACCACAUGCUCAGGUUCUUCUGAGUGCAAAGAGGGUGUUAUCUUGCCAAUAUGGUAUCCAGAAAACCCAUCUUUGGGGGACAAAAUUGCCAGAGUUAUUGUUUAUUUUGUGGCACUCAUAUAUAUGUUUCUUGGAGUUUCUAUCAUUGCCGAUCGUUUCAUGGCCUCCAUAGAGGUCAUUACAUCACAGGAAAAAGAGAUUACGGUUAGGAAACCCAAUGGAGAAGCCAUCACCACCACCAUCCGAAUAUGGAAUGAAACUGUUUCCAAUUUGACCCUCAUGGCUCUUGGUUCCUCUGCCCCCGAGAUCCUUUUGUCAUUGAUAGAGGUAUGUGGUCAUGGAUUCAUUGCUGGUGAGCUGGGCCCUUCUACCAUUGUUGGGAGUGCAGCUUUCAAUAUGUUUAUCAUCAUAGCCAUCUGUGUCUAUGUCAUUCCUGAUGGGGAGACGAGGAAGAUAAAACAUUUGAGAGUUUUCUUUGUCACAGCGGCAUGGAGCAUCUUUGCCUAUAUCUGGUUAUACAUGAUCCUUGCGGUCUUCUCUCCAGGUGUGGUUCAGGUAUGGGAAGGCUUGCUCACUCUGUUUUUCUUCCCUGUUUGUGUCAUCCUGGCUUGGAUUGCAGACAGAAGGCUGUUUCUCUAUAAAUAUAUGCACAAAAAGUACCGUACUGACAAACACAGGGGUAUUAUCAUUGAAACAGAAGGGGAUCACCCCAAAGGGAUUGAAAUGGAUGGUAAGAUGAUGAACUCCCAUUUUUUAGAUGGGAACCUAGUGCCUAUGGAGGGGAAAGAGGUGGAUGAGUCUCGCAAAGAGAUGAUCCGGAUCCUCAAGGACCUGAAACAAAAGCACCCAGAAAAAGACUUAGAUCAGCUGGUAGAAAUGGCCAACUACUAUGCUUUAUCCCACCAGCAAAAAAGCAGAGCAUUCUAUCGGAUUCAGGCUACCAGGAUGAUGACUGGAGCAGGAAAUAUUCUCAAAAAGCAUGCAGCUGAGCAAGCCAAAAGGAGUACUAGCUUGCAUGAAGUACGGCCAGAGGAGCCAGAAGAAUUCAUCUCCAAAAUUUAUUUUGACCCUUGUUCCUAUCAGUGUCUUGAGAACUGUGGUGCUGUCCUCCUAACUGUUGUCCGGAAAGGAGGUGAUGUUUCCAAGAUCAUAUAUGUGGAUUACAAAACAGAAGAUGGCUCUGCUAAUGCUGGGGCUGACUAUGAAUUUACAGAGGGGACAGUUGUUUUGAAGUCUGGGGAGACCCAGAAAGAGUUCUCCAUAGGGAUCAUAGAUGAUGAUAUCUUUGAAGAGGAUGAACACUUUUUUGUGCGUCUUAGCAACCUACGGGUGAUUGAUGCAGAGGAACCUCCUGAAAUCAACAAACUGCCAUAUCCCAAGGCCAUACUGAUCUCACCUUGUGUGGCUACUGUGACUAUCUUAGAUGAUGACCAUGCGGGCAUCUUCACCUUCGAGUGUGAUGUGAUACAUAUCAGUGAGAGCAUUGGGGUGAUAGAAGUGAAAGUUCUUAGAACAUCCGGUGCCCGGGGUACAGUCAUAGUCCCCUUUAGAACAGUUGAAGGAACAGCAAAAGGAGGAGGAGAGGAUUUUGAAGACAGUUAUGGAGAACUGGAAUUCAAGAAUGAUGAAACUGUGUAA